AUGGGUAACCCUUGCUCCACAGCCAUUGAUAGCAUUGGGAAGGAACAGCUGGAUACAGGUUCUUCCAUCUUUGCUGACACACUCCAGCAUGAUUGUGUUAUUCAAGUGAAAGAGAGACAUGAACUUACUGGAGUGAGUCCAGCACAGAUCAACAAUGAUAAUGAUGGUUCUCAAACAUGCUUCACGCGAGAAGAGGUUGAGGGAGCUGGGACUGUUCAUACUGGAAGAAGGUUCAGCGAAGCACACCAACAGAUCUCACUGCUGAUUGGAUUCAUCAGUGUAAAUAAUUCUCCAUGGACAGAUUACAGUGCAUACAGCUACUUUCAGAUUGUCACCAUGUGCGACUUGGUUAUGAUUUUGUUCUUCUACAUUAUCCACAUUUUCAGAUUCUAUAGGAAGCUCACUUGUGUUAGCUGGCCACUUGCGGAGUUUCUUCAUUAUUUAAUCGGUACGAUUCUGCUUCUCAUUGCAUCGAUUGUGGCCGCAUCCAAGAGUUACAAUUUGGUUGGACUUGUGGCUGGAGCGACUUUCGGGUUCCUAGCUACCACCCUUUGUGUUUUAAGCAUGUGGUCAUCCUACAAGGUUUCCUGCAUCACGCAGUCCACAAGUAAGUAUCAUGCUUAG